UAAAAUGGCGGCAAAGAAGAUUACAAAUAUCCGAAGUGAUAGCAGCAGUAACUCAAGCCGCUACACAGAGCCACGAGUUUAUUUAGGCAAUUACUUCCCGAUAAGACUGCGAGAUGGAGUAAUUUCCUAUGGUGCAUGGUUGCAGGCUUACAAAGCGGAACAGCUGCGCCGUCUUAAUACUGUAUUAAAAACAAAGAUUAUGUCCAAUGAGGAAAUCAAGAAAGAAUUAAAACGACAUACAAGUAGAAAAUCUAGUAAAGGCAUUUGGGGAAAAACUUCCUUUCUUUUUGAUACUCAUUAUAUUCUGAAAUAUUGCAAAGUUACUGAUCCAGAAGAUGUAUUCAGCUUGAAAAUCUCAAACCAAGGACUAAAUCUUGCCAAUACUGAAGAUUUUCAUUUCUUCAUAAACUUGGAAAUCAUUGAUGCUGAAGAUAAUUUUUUGAAAUUAGAGACAUUUGCAUCAUUCAGUCGCCUGGUACAACUUAAACUACCAUUAAACAAACUAACGAAUUUAAGUGUGAGCUUUGGUGAAUUUCCACAUCUUCAGUAUCUUGAUCUUUCUUACAAUAACCUAACAGGAGACUGUUUCCAAUGUUUAGGAUUGAUGCCAAAUCUACAGUACCUAAAUUUAGGAAACAACAACAUAUCAUUCCUGCCAGUAGAUUCCACGCAAUGUUUCUCAUUGUCAGACAGUACAAAGGUUCGAUAUGUCCGAUUUCCCCGUCUAGAAGUAUUAAAAUUGGAUUACAACAAACUGGAAAGUCCUGACAUCUUCAUACCUCUGGCAAAUAUAACUCACUUGAUAUAUUUAGACCUUGAAGGAAACUCCAUCUACCACAUUCCUCGUUUGGAGAAGGAGAGUACAGAAAACAUAUUUCCUCCAGUGGACAGUUUUAUGCAGGAUAUUCAGCCACCAGAACUGGAAAGAAAGGAAACCGGUUAUUUCAGAGUUCUUGAUGAGAACCAGAAAGAGAAGACUUUGGAAAAGCCAAAAGCAGCCGUUGAAGAUGUGGAAUACCAGAAACCUUCAGAUCAAGCAGAAAGAACACUUGAAGAUGAAAACCUAAAAUGCCAAGAUCUCAACAAAGAAAUCCAUGACAGAGAAAAUCAGCCACUUGAAGUGUUACAUGACACUGAGGAAGAAUUAUCUUUGAGUGAAAAUGAAUCACUUGCCAGUAAAGUAGCAUUACCUGGCAGUAGAGAAGUGUUAUAUAUCAGUGACGAUAAAUCACAAAGCAGCAAAGAACAAAAAUAUGUUGGAGAAGCAUUUAGCAAUGUAGAAGAAUCAGUUAGUAGUAUAGAAGGAAAGACUGGGCAUACAGAAAAAACAAUUGGUAGCCUGGAAGAUUUAACUGAAAGGAGGGUACCUGAUAGGAGGGAAGAAGUACAUAGUAGUAACGAAGAAUUAUUUGGCAGUAGUGAAGGAUCAUUUGGUAGUAAGGAAAGAUUAUCUAACAGUAAGGAAAGAUUACCUAACAGUAAAGAAAGAUUACCUAACAGUAAGGAAAGAUUACCUAACAGUAAAGAAAGAUUACCUAACAGUAAGGAAAGAUUACCUAACAGUAAGGAAGAAUUAAGCAGUAUUCAGGAAGAAUUUCAGUACAAUGUGGAAGACUCAUAUGGUGAUAGAGAACUGUUACUUAGCACUAGAAAAGCAUCUCAUUGCUGUGAUAAAGAUCUUCAAGAAGAUAUAAAAGAAUGCUUACGGAGAAGCAGGGAAAGAUCAGAUGGCAGUAGAAAAGGAUCACCUAGGAGUAGAAAAGGAUCAGAUGGCAGUAGAAAGGGAUCAGAUGGCAGUAGAAAAGGAUCAGAUGGCAGUAGAAAGGGAUCAGAUGGCAGUAGAAAGGGAUCAGAUGGCAGUAGAAAGGGAUCAGAUGGCAGUAGAAAAGGAUCAGAUGUCAGUAGAAAAGGAUCAGAUGGCAGUAAAAAGGGAUCAGAUGGCAGUAGAAAGGGAUCAGAUGUCAGUAGAAAAGGAUCAGAUGGCAGCAGAAAAGGAUCAGAUGUCAGUAGAAAAAGAUUACGUAUAAGUAGAGAAGGAUUACGUGGCAGUAGGAAAAGAAAAGAUAGCAGUAGGGAAGAAUUGUAUGGAAGUACGGAAAAACCAGAAAGCGAUGGAGAAGUAUUAUGUAGUAGUAAGGAAGAACUCUAUGGCAGUGUAGUAGAAUUUACUGAAAGUCUGGGAGCAUUUUCUGCCAGUAGGGAAGGCUCACAUAUCUGUACAGAUGAAGCACAUACUGACAGUAAAGAUUAUUGCAGUGGAUGUUUAACUGAAGAACUUGAUGCAAGAACUCCAGUUUCUGCUGUUUUAAAUGAUUUCAGUAAUCACGAGUCAUUUAUUUCUUCUCACUUGUCUGAUGAUAUGCUCUUAAUGGAAGAGAUUCCAUCAAUUGAAGACCUGAAAUUAUUCAUGAAUCUGUCAAAAAUCAAGGAAACUACUGAAAGGCUGGAUGAUGAGGAAAUUCCUCUUGACUCCUUUGAUCUGCUUGGGCUAGAGCCGAAAAUCAAGGAAGAACCACUACUGUCGUCAUCAGCAGCAGAAUCAGAUGCUGAGCAUCCGCAUCCACAUCUAACUGAAUCGCAACUUGAAUCUGAAUUUGAGUCUGAUGUGCUCACUUCUGAUGUGUAUUCUUUUGAGACAAGUGAAGAGGAAUCAGAGGAAAGUGAAGUACCCAUUUUAGACAUAGGAAUCAAAACCUGUAAUUGCUACAGUACACGACCUGUGAGAGAAAACAAGGAGGACAAGAUACCUUUUUCCCAGUUGACUAUUCUCAACCUUGCCCACAACAAUGUGUUUUGUCAAGAAGCUUUAAUGGCUAUAGCAGAUUGGCCCAUGAUUCAGCAGAUAUUUCUGUUUGAUAAUCCAAUAAUGGAGAAUACCAGAGAGAAGGAAAUUUCCAUAAUGGCUGCAACUCUUUGUGACAAACUUGGUGUUGAUGUUUUUUGUAAACCUUUCCAUGACCAGAAUGAACGUCACCUCGAGAUACAGAUGAAUGAUUCACGGAAAAGGCCCUGUAAAGGGCUGUGGGUCAAGGGUCAGAGUACAGCGUUACUUCCUGACUAA